CCCAACUCCCCCCUUUCACGAGCUCCCCCUCUGCUCCUCUCCUUUCCCUUCUCUCUCACCUCCCUCCCCUUCUCCUUCACGAGAUCUUCAUCUUCCCCUCUUCCUUUUCUCCCAUCUCUGCUGGAGUGGCCAUUGCAUGGAGUCCGCCGCCGCCGCCGCCUCCGGGGAGGGGCACAUCAAAGGCAUCCCUACCCAUGGAGGCCGGUACGUCCAGUACAACGUGUACGGAAACCUGUUUGAGGUCACGGCGAAAUACGUGCCCCCGCUUCGCCCCAUCGGCCGCGGAGCCUACGGCAUCGUCUGUGCUGCAUGGAAUUCUCAGACUCGUGAAGAGGUGGCGAUAAAGAAGAUUGGCAAUGCAUUUGAUAAUAGGAUUGAUGCCAAGAGAACCUUGCGAGAAAUCAAGCUUCUUAGACAUAUGGAUCAUGAGAAUGUUAUUGCAAUUAAGGAUAUCAUACACCCGCCAAAUAGGGAAAACUUCAACGAUGUCUACAUUGUUUAUGAGUUGAUGGAUACUGAUCUUCACCAGAUAAUACGCUCCAACCAACAAUUGACAGACGAUCAUUGCCAGUUCUUUCUUUAUCAAUUACUUAGAGGGCUAAAAUAUGUGCACUCAGCAAAUGUUCUGCAUCGAGAUCUUAAGCCAAGCAAUUUGCUCUUAAAUGGGAAUUGUGACCUCAAGAUUGGAGACUUUGGAUUGGCAAGAACAACAUCUGAGACUGAUUUCAUGACUGAAUAUGUCGUCACUCGGUGGUACCGAGCACCUGAAUUGCUCCUAAACUGUUCAGAGUACACUGCUGCUAUAGACAUCUGGUCUGUGGGAUGCAUACUUGGUGAAAUUGUGACAAGAGAACCUUUAUUUCCUGGAAAAGACUAUGUUCAUCAGCUAAGGCUAAUAACUGAGCUAAUAGGUUCUCCUGAUGACUCGAGCCUUGGCUUUCUCCGAAGUGACAAUGCCCGUAGAUAUGUGAGACAGCUUCCUCAAUAUCCGAAACAAAAUUUUCGUGUUAGGUUUCCCACAAUGUCGAUUGGAGCCAUCGAUUUGCUAGAAAAAAUGCUUGUAUUUGAUCCAAGCAAGAGAAUUACAGUUCAUGAAGCUCUUCAUCAUCCUUACUUGGCAUCUUUGCAUGAUAUUAAUGAUGAACCUGUUUGUUCUACACCAUUCAGCUUCGAUUUUGAGCAUCCAUCAUAUACAGAAGAGGAUAUUAAAGAACUCAUUUGGAGAGAAUCAUUGAAGUUUAACCCAGAUUCAGUACGCUAGAAUUAUACUAGCUAUUCUCGUUUGUAGCUAUAAUUACUCGAAAUGAAGCCUCCUAAAGCCAUUGUUAAGGCCGGUUGAUGGGCAGCAUAUCAGUCUAUCUGCACAUUUGUGAUUCGGAGUUGGGUCAAGGGUUGAGGAAAUAAGGUAGCUUAGUAUUUUGAAUCUGAACUGUGGUUUAACUGCCUAUCUAUAUGUAUUAUUGAGAACCUUGUUCUGUUUUCACGGGUUCACUAUCAAUGUGUGUUUCUUUCCUCAUUCAAUUACUAAUGUUCACUGGCAGUUGUUUUGUACCUCUCAUCUUUGGAGGAAUAAUUAUUAUUAAAAAUAACUGCCGCCAUCUCGGGGCAUAUAAAGUUUGUCA